ACGAUCAGCUCGAUCAGCCCAACCUUUCGAUCCUUGCGAUCCUUUCGGCCCUUGCCAUGUCCCUGGACUUCGCAGCGGUGGAAGCCGGCAGCUCUUCGGAUCAUGAGAUCGUGCGCCCCAGCGUGCCUCGUGUGAAGAAGGUCGCUGCCGGCAUUGCUGUCUUUGCCGCCGUCGCGGCCCUCACAGCCCUCGCGUCCGUGCAUUCUCCACGGAAGUGCACCAACUUGGGAGCGCUGCAAGGCAAGGUCGAGGUGGAUGUGAAUGAGGCAAUGCUGGCAAACAGCAAGGAGCUCACGGCUGUAAAGGACCAAUCCAAGGCAGACGAAAUCGUUCUGGGCGCCAUGAAGAAGGGUGGCAAGGAGGCAGAGGAGCAUUGGGAGAAGCAUCACAUCCGCAAGCUGGACACCUAUGGCACUGUCAAAGCAGUCCAGAACUACAAGCGACAAGAGGGCUUGGCCCUGGCGGGCACGGCCCAGUGCAGCUUCAAUGUCCUGGAGGCCUUUGUGAGCGCUGUUGGUAUGGGUGACGACAUCAACGCCAUCAUCCGAACCUGCCCGUCACCACGCGACGGCGAGUCUGAGCUUGCUUGCCAGGUGAACGGUGGUAUCCUGGGAGCAUGGGUGGGAAACCUUGCCACCAAGCUCUCCCUGGCCGCCUCUUACUGCGCCUCCAGCAUCAAUGUGGAUGCCAUUUGCUCGGCGGGUGUGAACGGCUUGGUGUCAGUUAUGGGCGAGCUGGCGGCAACUGCAUCCCUGGCGGCUGCGACGUGCACAGGCACUCCCCCACAGCUGACGACCACUCAGAUCAGCGUGCUGGGCGACCAGACUGUGCGGGGCCGACGACUGCUCAUCGGCGAAGGUCCUGUGGGCAACGGCAUUCAGUGCGGGGUCGAUGUGGGCAUGGUGGCUGCCAACAUUGCCAACAUGGGUCUUGCAAUCAACUCUGCUGUGAACUCGGGCAAUUGCAACUGGCAGUCCCUGCACUCGCCCCUGAACAAGCUGAAGGGCAUCCCCGAAGCUCUGUGCACUGUGGACAUUGGCGGGGCUGUCGCCUACAUUGGUCAGGUGGUCACCUUCAUCAACCUGAUUGUCGUUCACUGCCAGGACUUGCUGGAUGUGAAUGCCCUGUGCGCCGGCUCGAUCGCUGGCAUCACCACCUCGGCAGCGGCGGUGGCCCCGUAUGGUGCCGCAGUGCAUGCGGCCUGCCGCUACAACGCGCUCACCAAGAACGGCGCAGCCCAGGCGAAGAUCAACAGCCUCUAUGACGUGCCGGACAGGCCCCGCCGUCUCGACGAGAUGCAGAAGCCCAUCGAGGAGGCCAUGGCCAACCUCAAGGAGAUCCGCAAGAAUCUGGAGGCCUAUGGGGUGAACCGCACCCAGACGGUGAACACCCAGGCGGACAUGGAGAAGCUCUUGCACCUCAUGGGACGCGAGAAGGAGACUCUGGAGGAAUGCUGAGAGCAGCUGCCUUUGACGCCGCUAUAAUUAGACAUUGCAUUGAAAAGGUCGGCGGACCCAGCAAAGCGCAAGGGACGCUGACCCGGGGGCUUCUGACCGUCUACGCAGGGCCGCAUACGGCGCCCUUUCCAGCUUUGCUAGCUUUCGUACGUUCCUGUAGUGUGUCCGUGUGGCUAGCAGAGCGGCCGCCCCUUCAAGUUUUGUACUUCUCUUGCUCUCUUCGAUUGAGUUUCCCACUCUUGCGAUUUCCCUACAAGAGGGGCCUGAAGCUGGCAAACCUGCCACACCUGGCCAGGGAAACACUUGCAGCGCGAUCAAGCCAGCUUUUUGUCUUCACAGUGAGGCCAGACUUGAAGCAACUCAUGAAGAU